UGUUCUUAUAGAAGCUGUUCUUACAGCUGCUAUAAGAACAGCUGCUACAGCAGCAGUUCUUACAGCAGCUGUAAGAACUGCUGCUGUUCUCUUGUUUGUUGAAAUAAAAUGUUUUUUCCUGCAGCAGCAGCAGGUUUGGUGCAGGUUUUUUUGGUUCGGUUCAGGGUUCUGUUCUGUGUUCUGGGUCGGGAGGCGAGCUGAAAGCUUCGGCUGAUGUUUUUGUGCGUCAGCUGAAGGUAUGACAGGUAUGAGGUGUCGACAGGAAGCCCGGAGGACGUUUUUCCCGCCGCUGUCUUCAGGCAGGAGACGUGUCCCUGCUCCCGUCCGGUUCGAUCCUGUCCGGUCCGGUCCGGUCCUCUGACUCUCUUCUCGUCCCGUUUCACUUAACGUCCUGAAUAUUUGCACACAUCAGACGGAGGUGAGGGAAGACACACGGGUCCGGUUGGACCGGUCCGACGAGGGGAGGAGAGAGAGGUGAUAAGAGAGGAGGAGGACGGGAGGAGCCGUUCAGAUCCACUCCUGUGGUUUUAUAAUCCAACAUGAAGCUGGUCCAUCCGGCGCUGAUUCACCUCUGAGGACCGGAUCUCAUCUGCGUCCACUCAGAACUGGUGUUUAUCGGGACCAGCAGGGAGGUCCAGUUUUUGUCAGGACUUGAGUAAACCGACCCGCGUCUCUGUCCACAGCUGCUGGUCCAAACCAGGAUCCAGGUUCCCGCCUGACACCCAGAACCUGGUCAUGAGUGGACAUGAGGACUGCAGCGGGGAGGGAGGGAGCCAGGGAGCUAGACCCCCUCAAAAUGUCAAACCCAAACCCAACCAGGGCGACCAGAACAGCAAGGAGGACCAGAACCGUAAGGAGGACCAGAACCGUAAGGAGGACUUCAUGAGGAAGGAGAGGCCUGCGAAGGUCAGGAGGUCCAGGAGCAGCGACUCUGAGAGGAUGGAGAGGGGGAGGAGGAGCCAGCGGGACCGCCACCACAGGGAGAGGCGUCCUCGAGGCCGGAGCGAGGAGUCCUGCAGGCGGGUCGUCCAGGACCAGGACCGGGACCGGGACGGGCCCGGCGAGGAGGAGGAGGCGGAGUGCAACGUGUGCUUCUGCUCCUACGACAACGUCUUCAAGACGCCCAAGCUGCUGGCGUGUGGACACACCUUCUGCCUGGAGUGCCUGGCCCGCAUCAACGUGACCUCACAGGAGGUCAAGACCCUGACCUGCCCCAUGUGCCGCGAGCUGACCCAGCUGCCCCACGGCCGGGACCUGCCCCGCCUGGGCAACAACCAGGGCAUCAUCGACCGGCUGCCCUCGGACAUGCAGCGCGCGCUCUCCAUCCGCUUCAAGCGCAGCCGGGGCAAGCUGAUGCUCAAACACCCGCCCCCCAAGGGCAAGCCCACCAGCAUCUCCGUCCCCACCAAGACCCAGGACGCCCCCGGACCCCGGGGCCACCCCGGCCUGGCGGAGCAGGGGGGCGCGGCGGCAGCGGCGGCCUCCGUGUUGGACGUGGGGAGGCCUCCGAACAGGAUGCGGGGGCGCCUGCGCCGCCUGUUCCACUCAGAUCAGUGCUACUACGCUGUGGUGGCCUCCAUCAUCACCAUCACCCUGGCCCUGAUGCUGGUGGGCAUCCUGGCCUUCGUCAUCACGCCACGCAUGACCCCCCCAACCAGACCCGUCUGGAACCAAACAGAGUCCCCCCCAAAUAUGGGCACAGGGCACCAGGACCAGGAUGAACCCUGAACAGACCCGACCCCCCAGAUCUGUGUUUGUUUUCAGUGAUGGAGCCGGUGGGGCUCUCUGACUCCGCCUCUGACUCCGCCUCUGUUGAGCUCUGACUCCGCCUCUGACGCCUCCUCUGAUGACCUCACUAACUCCGCCUCUGACUCCGCCUCUGUUGAGCUCUGACUCCGCCUCUGACGCCUCCUCUGAUGACCUCACUAACUCCGCCUCUGACUCCGCCUCUGUUGAGCUCUGACUCCGCCUCUGACGCCUCCUCUGAUGACCUCACUAACUCCGCCUCUGACUCCGCCUCUGUUGAGCUCUGACUCCGCCUCUGACGCCUCCUCUGAUGACCUCACUAACUCCGCCUCUGACUCCGCCUCUGUUGAGCUCUGACUCCGCCUCUGAUGACAUGACUAACUCCCUCUGUUGAGCUCUGACUCCGCCUCUGUUGAAAUGAAGAAAAACAAGAACUGCAGAGUUUUAAUCUUUAAAAACGAAGCCCUGCUGAGCGUGAAGGCAGAUAACAGACCGCAGCUUGUUUUGAUCCGACACAAGUGGAAAAACCCAAAGCUCCGGCUGUUAAAAAGCUCUGAACCUGAAGAUCUGAACCGGGUCUGGAUCAGCUUGGACUCAUGUUUUUUAUAUUUAUACUCAAAGCUUCUUGUACAGAAAUGAUGUAAAUAUAUGUAAAUUUAAUUAAAAGCACAUUAAAUGAGUUUUAUUUUUAAAUAAACAGCUUUAAAAUUCAAA